AUGACUGAAGGUCGUGCUCCUUCGGCUCGAAAGACACGCAACAAUUCCUCAACGGGCCACCUGUACACCCUCUCGAGCAAACAGGAGAACCAGGUGAGCCCUGAAGGCGAGUCGGACCAAGCAAAACUCGAAAGACUUGGACGCCAGCGUCCGGAGAAGCUGGGUUCAUUGUGGCAAGAGAUCGGUUUUGUCUUCUCCAUUGCCGUCAGCCAGUUGAUCAACGAGUACUUUGUUAGCGGCUUUACCAUCCUGCUUCCUACUGUGGCCGAAGCUUUGGAGAUUCCGGCCUCCUCAUCGACCUGGCCGGCGAGCGCUUUUUCGCUAGUCAUAUCUUCGUUCCUAUUACCUUUCGGGAGAAUUGCCGGUACGUUAAUUGUAACAGCCAGACCUCAGGCCUGCUCAGCUGACACAAUCUAGAUAUGUAUGGUGGCUUUCCGGUCUAUCUCAGCGGUUGUCUCUGGUGCGCCAUCUGGUCCCUCAUCGCCGGCUUCGCUCGAAACCAAUUGAUGCUCGACAUUUGUCGUGCCUUGCAAGGUCUCGGUCCUGCAGCUUAUCUUCCGGCUGGACUUCAACUACUAGGCAGUAUGUAUCGACCUGGACCGAGGAAAAAUCUCAUCUUCUCGAUCUACGCCGCAAUGGCGCCGUUAGGAUUCUUCGUUGGCAUCUUCUUCGCAGGCGUCGCAGGCCAGUUUGCGACGUGGCGCUGGUACUUCUUUAUUGGAUCCAUCAUCGUUGCGAUAGCCACGGUAGUUGCUUGGUUUGCCGUUCCGUCUGAUAUGGAAGAGCACAAAGGCAAUGAUGUUAAGAUGGACUGGCUUGGAAGUCUCACCACCACCGUUGGACUGAUCCUGCUGGUCUUUGCGAUCACCGAUUCCAGCCACGCACCUUCUGGAUGGACUACGCCUUACAUUCUCGUCACUUUUAUCUUAGGGCUGAUCAUCAUCGGAGUGGCCUUUUACGUAGAAGGCUGGAUCGCAGAGCAACCGCUUCUUCCGUUCGAAGCUUUCAAAGCCAAAUCUGUGCGUCCGUUCGCGCUCGGGCUAAUAUUUGUCUACGGAACAUUGGGAAUCUACCUGCUAUAUGCUUCGUUAUAGUAAGUCAAUCGUUGCUGUCGAAACAGCCGAAAUGCUAACUCUCUUCAGCUGCUUGAGAAUCCUUGGAGUCGGACAAUUCCAGCUUGUUGCGUGGUACGCGCCAGCUGGCACGCUGGGUAUUAUACUUGCAAUAUGCGGCGGCUUCGUCCUCCACAUCGUACAUCCUCUAGUCCUUAUGGCCAUCACUAGCCUGGCGAUCAUUGUCGAAUCAGUCCUCUUCGCCCUCGCACCACCAGACGCAAACUACUGGGCCUGGAUCUUCGUGCCCAUGAUCUGCUCAACCAUCGCCGUCGAUUUCAUCUUCAACGUCGCCAACAUCUUCUUCACCAGCCAACUGCCCGCUCGCCAGCAGGGACUUGCCGGCGCUCUGAGUAAUGUGCUACUCCAGCUUGGGAUCGCUUUACUGUUGGGGUUCGCAGAGAUUGUGGCGACACAGACGGCUGAUCAAGGGUUGCGGAGGAGUUAUCAGAAUGUGUUUUGGUUUAAUUUGGCUUGUGGCGCGACGGCGUUGGUUGUUUUUAUGGGGGUUGUGAGGAUUGAGAGGGCGAAGAGUGAUCUUACUGCGGAUGAGAGGGAGGCGCUGAAUGAGGAUGAAGUGCAAGAGACUUGA